AUGAAGCCCCUCCUCUCCUUCACCUCCCUCAUCCUCUUAUCCUUCGCCGUCGUCCUCCCUUUCGCCGCCUUUACGUUCAUCCUCCAUGGCUGGAGCUUCAGCUCCGACGUCCCGCGGCAUCAACCGGAGACGAUGGAGUACUGCAAUAUCUUCGAGGGGGUUUGGGUUUACGACGAGGCGGCGCGGCCGCUGUACGGCGAGGAAGACUGCCCCUACAUAUACGACCAGCUCAAGUGUCAGGCCUACGGGCGGCCAGACAGAGGAUACCAACAUUGGAGAUGGCAGCCCCGCGGCUGCUCGCUGCCCAGCUUCGACGCGAGCGCGGUGCUGGAAAUGCUUCGCGGCAAGCGCAUGAUGUUCGUCGGCGAUUCGGUGAACCACGGGCAGUUCUUCUCCAUGGUUUGCCUCCUCCAUCGCAUCAUCCCCUGGCACGCCAAGUCCUUCCAAUCCAAUGGCUCUCUCUCAGUCUUUAAAGCCAAGGAUUACAAUGCAUCUAUUGAAUUCUACUGGGCUCCAUUUCUCGUCGAGUCAAACUCAGAUAACGCGGUGGCGCACCGGAUCGGAGAGCGGGUCAUUCUUCCAUGGUCCAUCGACUUUCACGCGCGGCACUGGAAGGGGUCCCACAUCAUUGUCUUCAACACCUACCUAUGGUGGAUGAACGGGGCCUCCUUAAAGAUUCUGCGAGGGGAAUUUGAAGGGGAUAGGGAGGUGAUGGAGAUGGUGAGGGAGGAUGCAUAUGAGUUGGCAUUGAAGAGUAUGGUUGAAUGGGUGGAGGAGAACAUGGACCCACACAAUUCUAGGGUCUUUUUCACCACCAUGUCACCAACUCAUUGGAGGAGUCGAGAAUGGGGAGGCGAUCCUAACGGGAACUGCUUCAACCAGACGACUCCGAUCGAGGACCCAACGUACUGGGGAGAAGACAGCAGUAAAAGCAUGAUGCGGGUCGUUGCGGAGGCGUUGAGCUCCACAACGGUCCCGAUCACUAUUCUCAACAUCACGCAGCUCUCGGAAUACCGCAAGGACGCGCACCCGCAGAUAUACAAGAAGCAGUGGACCCCUCCGACGACAGAACAGCUCGCGAACCCCAAGAGCUACGCCGAUUGCAUCCACUGGUGCCUUCCGGGACUCCAUGAUACCUGGAAUGAGCUCUUAUAUGCCAAGCUCUUGACCCCUUAGUUGAUCUUCAUUCUC